AUGUCUGACUUUAUUUUCCAUUCUGCCCAGCGCAUCAGAGAGGUGGAGGAGAUCAUAGGGUACGAAUUCAAGGACAAAAUUCUUCUGGAUCGGGCACUCCAAGCUGCAGGAUUCGGCCUGCUGCGUGAGGGUAACAAACCUUUGGCGCUCAUCGGUGACGCCACUCUCAAGCUCAUUAUACGGAUGAUGGGCUACGAGACUAAUGCCUCCAUCGGCCGUACAACCCAGUUACAUGAUACUUGGGCUGCCAACGAAAACCUUUGGCAGAUUGGCUUUGCCAAAAGACUCGAUACCUUCAUUCACCUUAAUCCCUCAUCCCGCGGGGUGGUGCAAGACAGGCUGAUGGCCACCACCAUGGAGGCUAUACUCGGAGCUGUCUAUUUGGAUGGUCAGAAAGAUAUUGCGGCCGUUCUGCGGGUAGUCCUUUAUCUGGGCCUGACAGACGAUGCAUAG